AUGCCUCGAUCGACGAUACCCUUGAAUCAGGUGCAGACGCUGGUGCCUGGGGAGAAGUGGUCGUUUACAGUGAAUCGCAAGAAGUACGAGUUUUGUCCUGUGCCGGCGACGGCGUGCACAUCCUUUCUGACACUCAAACUGCGUCCUGAGAGAUUGCUUCGGUGGCCGGCAACGUCUAGGGCAACAAUCCCAUACCCCAAAACGACCACAGAGGAAGAACCUAAGACCGAUUCAGACCGACAAGAUGUUGUGGAGGAAGAUCCAAUUGCUAAGAGAUACAUUCCUGAUGGCGCCGACGACGCGGUGCCAGCCGACGAAUCGGUGCCACAGCCGGACCAUCAAGCGGCUGUUGCGCCUGGACUGCGGCUCGCAGCGGUUAUCGACAGCUUGACGCGGCGUCUGGCGUCUGACGUGGCUGAGACGCCCAAUGAAGAUGACGCUCCCCAACAGACGCCCAGAACUGGCAGGAAUGAAGUCGCGGGGAAGCCUAAACGAACUCCGGCAGCAGCGGCCACCCCCAAAUCUCGCCGCCUACACACUCCGACGCAUCGUCAACAGCGCGAAGCAAAGUCUAUCCUCAAGCCUGACCCAUCUGCUGGCAUCAGGAAGUCGACAACCGCUAAAGGCAGGCGCAAAUCCGUCGCCGUCGACCCCGAAGUGCAUGUCCACUUCAUCAACAAUACUCCUCGUGGCUCACACAACUCCAACGGAGAGAAUGAGUCCCCAGUAGCCUCCUCUGACAAAGACUCUGCGCUCGGCUCUGACGACGACGGAGACGAGGAAAUGUCUGACGCCUCUGCUUCUGCUGCAAAGGAGAAACGCCCCAACCUCAAACUCAGCUUCUCCCGCAAACCCUCGGCCCAAGCAGGGGGGAUACAACCUGCACCCGUACAGACUCCUGCGCCUCAGAGCGCUACCGCCAGGACACCUAGCAUCAAGCUCAAACUUCCAGGCAAAACUACUCCACUUGUGCCAGACGAUGGCGCCAAGUCAAAGAAGAACAAGAAGAAGAAGAACGAGGCGGAAACUCCUGGAGUCGCUCCCGGGUCGAACAAGAAGCGAAAGCGCGAAUCCAUAAAAGAGGAAGACGAUGACGAAGGCGCUCGACCUGCUCCAGCACAACCGAGCAAACCUCCCACGAUCCGGACGCUCAAGUUCAAGACGCCGUCUCAGACGGCGCAGACACCGGCACCCAAGGCAACGGGCCCCGCAAACCUGCUUUUCAAGGUCAAGGGCAAAAUCCCCAAGCGGACGCCCGGCGUGGGCUACGACUCGGAACUCGAGAGCGAGUAUGAGAAUGACAAGAAUCAGAUGGCGGUCGGUCGAGAAAAGGAUCCGGUCAUACACGAAGGCUUCAUCCUGCGCAUGCAGCCCGGCGAGGAUUGCGACUACCUACGCAAGUCGAUCGAGGACGGCAAGGCAGGCGAGAUUCUCUCCAAAGGAGGCGCGGCGAUCAACUUGAGGAUGCUGGAUACGCUGGGCAGGAGAGGUAUCUUGCAGAUCAAGGACCACAAGUACGCCACGUCCCUGGUGGAUCUGCCGUGCAUCCUUGAGGGCAUGAAGUCUUGGGACAAAAAGGGAUGGAUCAAGAGCAUCGACAUCUGCCAGAUACUGCUGGUGCUGGGCCGAUGCAAGGACGAACAAGAAGCAAGGAACUACCCUUUGCCCGAGGACGUCGACCCCAAGACGUACCAAUACGCCCACGGCAUCACCGCCCCGAUGAAGUGGGUCCGCAAGCGGCGUUUUGCACGGACCAAAAGAGCGCGCGUGGACGAUAUCGAGGCCGUCGAACGAAGAGUCCAUGCCCUCCUCGAGGCCGACAAGGCGGCAGUCAAUACGAAGUACCAGCUUCUAGACCACGACCCGCGCCUCGACGAGCACGGAUACAGCACCGACAUGGAGGAGGCGGAAGAUGAAGAGGACGAGGACGCCGAAGCCGAACCGGACAACUACUUCGGCUUUCACCCCGGAGCGUAUAACGUGUCAACACCCAUGGUCACAGAGACACCCGUGCAAGAAGAGGUGAUCGACCAAGAAGACUUCGCCGCGCUGGAGCGCAUGUUCUACGACGAGGAUAAGGGCCCGUCGGUAGCAGAACCAGUACCAUCCGCGCAAGCACAAGCUCCAACAAACACAUCAACAUUAUACCCUCCAGGAGAAGCUGCAGGAGAUUCGUCCUUUGCCGUCACCAGCACGAGCGCCACCGCCACCCCGUCCGCAGCCACGGCCGAGCACACGCCCGCGGGCGAAGCGUCGUCGGACGAAGACGAGGAUGAUGUGGGCGAAGAGGACGAAGAAGACCGCGACGACGCCGAAAAGGAAGGCGACGAGAGCAAGCGCCAGGCUCUCGAGCGGAUCGAGGACAUGACCAACAAGAUUGCCGAGCAGAGAGAAUUGCUCAAGAAGACGACCAACGCGAUUCUGAAGAAGAAGCUCGCGCGCAGGAUCCAGGACCUGGAGGACGACGUCGCCAUGAUGCGGAAGAAUGCCGGCUUGGGUGGGAAUGAAGACGAUGAGUGA